UCCCCCAUUCUGGGGUUUAUGGUUUGUAAGUGGGGGAGCUAGUCGCAAAACUAAGCAACCUCUAGCUGAUCUCUGGGUUGGGCGGGUCCUCCCUGAGGUGGCAGCAUGGAGCCCUCUCCUGAAGGCAGCUCUAGCCCUAGCCCCAGCCCCAGCCCGGUGGACCAGCCCUACCCUCCCUCCGACCCCCCUGACCAACCCACCACUGCUCACGCAAAGCCAGAGCAGAGUUCUGGGGACCAACCUGCCGGCCCAGGAGCGGCGGGUGAGGCCUUGGCGGUGCUGACUUCGUUCGGGCGGCGGUUGCUGGUGCUAGUGCCGGUGUACCUGGCCGGGGCAAUGGGACUCAGCGUGGGUUUUGUGCUCUUCGGCCUCGCCCUCUAUCUGGGCUGGCGUCGGGUCCGCGAGGAGAAAGAACGGAGCCUUCGAGUCGCACGGCAGCUGCUGGACGAUGAAGAACGGCUUACGGCGAAAACUCUUUACAUGAGCCAUCGAGAGCUACCUGCCUGGGUCAGCUUCCCAGAUGUGGAAAAGGCUGAGUGGCUCAAUAAGAUUGUGGCCCAGGUCUGGCCCUUCCUGGGCCAGUAUAUGGAGAAGCUUCUCGCUGAAACUGUGGCCCCAACUGUUCGAGGAUCUAACCCCCACCUGCAGACAUUUACAUUUACACGAGUGGAACUGGGUGAAAAGCCACUGCGCAUCCUUGGAGUCAAGGUUCACACUGGUCAGAGCAAAAAACAGAUCCUGCUGGACUUGAACAUCAGCUAUGUAGGUGACAUUCAGAUUGAUGUGGAAGUGAAGAAAUACUUCUGCAAAGCAGGAGUCAAGGGCAUGCAGCUCCAUGGUGUCUUACGGGUGAUUCUCGAACCACUCAUGGGGGACCUUCCCAUCGUGGGGGCUGUGUCGAUGUUCUUCAUCCGACGCCCGACCCUAGAUAUCAACUGGACGGGGAUGACCAACCUGUUGGAUAUCCCAGGACUCAGCUCCCUCUCUGACACCAUGAUCAUGGACUCCAUCGCUGCCUUCCUUGUGUUGCCCAACCGAUUAUUGGUGCCCCUUGUGCCUGACCUUCAAGAUGUGGCCCAGUUGCGUUCCCCUCUUCCCAGGGGCAUAAUUCGGAUUCACUUGCUGGCUGCACGAGGGCUGAGCUCCAAGGAUAAAUACGUUAAGGGCCUGAUUGAGGGCAAGUCAGACCCCUAUGCGCUUGUGCGAGUGGGCACCCAGGCAUUCUGCAGCCGUGUCAUCAAUGAGGAACUCAACCCCCAGUGGGGAGAGACUUAUGAGGUGAUGGUGCAUGAGGUCCCAGGACAGGAAAUUGAGGUGGAGGUGUUUGACAAGGAUCCAGACAAAGAUGACUUUUUGGGCAGAAUGAAGCUGGAUGUAGGGAAAGUAUUGCAGGCUGGAGUAAUGGAUGAAUGGUUCCCUCUUCAAGGUGGGCAAGGCCAAGUUCACUUAAGGCUAGAAUGGCUUUCGCUUUUGCCAGAUGCCGAAAAACUGGAGCAGAUUCUACAGUGGAACCGUGGAGUCUCUUCCCGCCCAGAGCCCCCAUCGGCCGCCAUCUUAGUUGUUUAUCUGGAUCGGGCCCAGGAUCUUCCUCUGAAGAAGGGGAACAAGGAGCCCAACCCCAUGGUACAACUGUCAAUCCAGGAUGUGACCCAGGAGAGCAAGGCUGUCUACAGCACCAACUGCCCAGUGUGGGAGCAGGCCUUCCGGUUCUUCCUGCAAGACCCUCAAAGCCAGGAGCUUGAUGUGCAGGUGAAGGAUGACUCCAGGGCCCUGACUUUAGGGGCACUGACCCUGCCUCUGGCUCGCCUGCUGACUGCCCCGGAACUCACCCUGGACCAGUGGUUCCAGCUCAGCAGCUCUGGCCUAAACUCCCGUCUCUACAUGAAACUAGUUAUGAGGCUCUUAUACUUGGAUACAUCAGAAGUGCGGUUCCCUGCUGUGCCUGGUAUUCCUGGGGCUUGGGACCUAGAUGAGAGCCCUCAGACAGGCAGCAGUGUGGAUGUCCCACCUCGACCCUGUCACACUACUCCUGACAGUAGCUUUGGGACGGAGAAUGUGCUUCGGCUCCAUGUAUUAGAGGCCCAGGACCUGAUUGCCAAAGACCGCUUCUUGGGGGGAUUAGUGAAGGGCAAGUCAGAUCCCUAUGUCAAACUAAAGCUGGCAGGACGAAGCUUCCGCAGCCGUGUUGUUCGGGAAGAUCUCAAUCCCCGUUGGAACGAGAUCUUUGAGGUGAUCGUCACAUCAAUCCCAGGUCAAGAGCUAGAGGUUGAGGUUUUUGACAAGGACCUGGACAAGGAUGACUUUCUGGGCAGGUGUAAAGUGAGUCUCACCACAGUCUUAAACAGUGGCUUCCUUGAUGAGUGGCUGACCCUGGAGGAUGUCCCUUCUGGCCGCCUACACUUGCGUCUGGAGCGUCUGACCCCCCGCCCCACUGCUGCUGAGUUAGAGGAGGUGCUGCAGGUGAACAGCUUGAUCCAGACCCAGAAGAGUGCAGAACUUGCAGCGGCCCUGCUGUCUGUCUACCUGGAGCGCGCUGAGGACCUGCCGCUCCGAAAAGGUACCAAGCCUCCCAGCCCUUAUGCUACUCUUGCUGUGGGAGAUACGUCUCAUAAAACUAAGACUGUUCCCCAAACGGCCACCCCUGUCUGGAAUGAGAGCGCCUCCUUUCUCAUCAGGAAACCAAACACUGAGAGUCUGGAGUUGCAGGUUCGGGGGGAAGGCUCUGGCACGCUGGGCUCGUUAUCCCUGCCCCUCUCCGAGCUCCUUGUGGCUGACCGGCUCUGCCUGGACCGCUGGUUUACGCUCAGCAAUGGUCAAGGGCAGGUGCUACUGAGAGCACAGCUCGGCAUCCUGGCGUCGCAGCACUCCGGGGUGGAAGCUCACAGCCACAGCUACAGCCACAGCUCCUCAUCUCUGAGCGAGCUAGAGCUCUGGAGUGGACUCCCUCAGGUCACCUCUUCAGCCCCAGAGCUCAGGCAGCGCCUAACACACGGUGACAGUCCCCCUGAGGCUCCAGCCGGGCCGCUGGGCCAGGUGAAACUGACUGUUUGGUACCACAGUGAAGAACGAAAGCUGGUUGGCUUCAUUCACAGUUGCCGGGCCCUUCGACAAAAUGGACGGGAUCCCCCCGAUCCCUACGUGUCACUGUUGCUACUGCCAGAUAAGAACCGGGGCACCAAGAGGAAGACCUCACAGAAGAAGAGGACCCUAAAUCCUGAAUUCAACGAGCGGUUUGAAUGGGAACUGCCCCUGGAUGAGGCCCUCCAGCGAAAGCUGGAUGUCUCUGUGAAGUCUAGUUCCUCCUUCAUGUCAAGAGAGCGUGACCUGCUGGGGAAGGUGCAGUUGGACCUCGCUGAGAUAGACCUUUCCCAGGGUGCGGCCCAGUGGUAUGACCUCAUGGAUGACAAGGACAAGGGCAGCUCCUAGGAGCCAGGGAUUUCUGCCUGACUGCUCUGUCUCCUUGCCUCGCCUCUUGCUGCAUCACCGCCUCCAUGCGAUGAGCCUAAAGCUUGGGGCCCGAGGGUAGCGCCUGCACCGCUCAGCCCUCACCCUUCCCGGUCCUGUGCUAGGGCCUUUGCGCAACCAAAGAGCAGGACCGUAUGUUACCCUCUACUGCACGGCCUUUAUCCUUCCGGGCUCCUGGGGCAGGGACGUGAGCUGGCUAUUUGCUGCUCCGCCCACACACUCUCCUUUCUGCCCAGCUCCUCAGGGCCUUCUGUGUCUGUGCCUGGCCACUGGCAGCACCAGCAGUGGCAUUAGCUUAUGCCAAAUAUAGCUUUUGGAAAGACCUUUUUUCUUUGAUUGGAUGGUCUCCUUCUUCCCAAACAUGAGCAGUCAGGGAGAGAGGAAAGGCUAACCAUGUAUGCUGAGCGCCUCCUGGACCACUUCAUGCAGCAAGUGUACCAACCCAACCACGUCCCCUUCCGUACCCACUUCCUCCAGCCUGUCCCGAAGAUGACACCUGCUGUGUUGACUCAGGCCAGCCAGUCUCUGGAUGGCUCUGGGAAGAGAUGCAUCAAAGCCUUCAGGUGGCCAGUGUCGGUCACGGUGUGAGCCUCUAGCCGGGGCAUACAGAGGGCUCUGGAGGACUCGGGACAGCAUGGUCAGUAUUUGUCCAGGUGCCUCUGCUAUUCAGUCACUGUCUAGAACUGAAUCUCCUAAUUUUGUCCCAACUCUGCCAAUCCAACGUCUCUUACAUUAAACCUUAUACUCAAACCAGCUGGGGCUCUUUUCCUUAAGGGCAGAGAAUCCCGCCUACCCAUCAGGUGUUUAUUCCAAGUGUCAAAAGCCUUUGUUCAGUUCACAAAUCAGGUCUGUUUGUUUAUAUUUUUAACUGAUUAUCAGUUAUUAAAAAAGCUGAUUUAUUAUCUGCAGUGGUGACAUCAA